AUGAGUGGCGAUACAAGAUUGAAAAAGAAGCGGAGAGGCGGCCCGCGCAGUAGAACAGCGCCACCUGCAAACGCCGUCACACUCGCUGCGAUGAGAAAAGGCCAGACACGGAUGAAUGAUCUUGACCUGCCUGAAGACACUUUGUCAAGUCAGAACUACAUACCUGCUAAUGGUGUCACGACAGCAGGUUCCGACGAAGCGAACGGUCCGAAGAAGGUACGCUUGACACCAGAAAGCGCCUUUUUACUCCAGACCUAUGUACGCACCGUCGCAACAUGGAUGGAUAUCUUUGAUCAUGCCAGCACCUUCCAGCACAAAAUCCCACAGCUAGUCCUCAGAUCGCCGCUUCUGUUUCACUGUGUAUGCGCCUUUACCGCCAACUAUCUAGCCCUUUCCAAUUCGAGCCAUGAUCCUUCUUGGCAAGUCACAGCUUCCAAGCAUUAUGGCGAAUCGUUGCGCCUACUCAUAGAAGCUUUGAGCAUGCCUUCGCACGAACAUGCGCUUACCGCAAGUAUGCUGCUCUUGAGCUACGAAAUCCACGGAGCUUUGCGCUCUGAAGACUAUCGGCGACACUUCCUAGGCCUGACAGUACUAAUCAAAUCACGACAUGUUACCGCACAGUCAAGCGGCACUGAUCUGGCCAACUUCUGGAUCUAUAUCCGACACGAGAUCGUUGUAGCUAUGGCUAGCGAGCAGCCUCUGGUACUAGACCCUGCAGAAUGGGAGGUGUCCUGGGUAGAGGGUGAGACUAGAGAAGAUAUUUUGGGAAAUCACAUGCUUUGGAUAUUAGCGCGAGUUCUCAAUCUCAUUUUUGGACCAGAUGGACGAACUGAAGCAGGUAAAGAGCAGCGCCAAAGCUUCCUGCACGAGAUCGAAAUGUGGCGAAGGGGGCUUUCUGACACGUUUGUUGGUAUUUCAUAUGGGGAGAAAGACGAAGAUGGCUUUGGCAAAGUAUACUUCCCAGUGGCGGCCGCAGCCGCCACAGCGUUUUGGUAUCACAUAACACAUAUUCUGCUCUAUGCAGAGCCAGAGCUUCAAGACGAGGCAUACAUUCCCCUGAUCCAGGAACAGGCUAUGGAGAUUACCGACAUAGCAAUAUCAGAUUUCCCCCCAUCGCUGAUGGUAUUCUCUACGCAUGGUCUGUUCUAUGGUACGUAUUCAUUCUUCCGGCUGCACAUAGUCAAACCAUCUUACGAUCACAACGAAACGGUCACUGAAACGUUCUAG